AUCACAGCACUACAAUGGUGGACUAAAAAGUGGAAACCUGUACAAUUGCCUCUGCUGACUGCUGCUUAGUGCUUGCCAAUUUAUGACUCACCAACCCACCAAAGUCAAAAAAAGGUUCUCUCUUUCACAAAACUCGCAACAGUGACAAAUCUGAAAACCCAGAAAGCUCCCACUCAGAAAUCGAGCAAUGUCCCAAGCCUCCUUCAUUCUCUGGACUUGUCUCUGCCUCUCCCUCGCUUUCCAAUACACCCAUCUUCCUCUCUGCGACGGCCUCUCCGUAGUUGACCUCAAUUUGCUCGAGCACGGCGAAUUCCAUGUUAUGACGAAAAGGGUUUGCGCCAAAAGCAUUGGGGAAUGCCUCACAGAUCCCCAGAUGGAUUCUGAAACCAAUAGGAGACUUCUGGCGGUGCAGAAAAGGUACCUUAGCUAUGAGACUCUCAGGAGAGACAUGGUUCCUUGUGAUAGGGCCGGAGCUUCUUACUACAAUUGUCGCGCUACUCAAGCCAAUCCCUAUAAUAGAGGCUGUGAGGUCAUCACUGGCUGUGCCAGAGUAAAUGACUGCUUGCAACAUUUGUGCCCUAGAGAUAUGUACGUUGAUUUGCUAAAUUGCCUUCAAAGGCCCCAUCAAUUGGAAUCUCUUUGCCAGUGAAGUUCCCUUUUUUUUUUUUUUUUAACUCUUGUGAAAGUCGUAAGACACAGUUUUCCGCAUUCAGGAGGAUCAAAAACAGUCUUUCAGCUUUCAGGAACGGAAAUUCCAUCCAGAAGCUCUUGAGAGAAAGUGAAUAGCCUGGAUUUCGAUGAGAGUUGUUAGCUUAAAAAAGUGAAAA